AUGUGCUGCCUUCCAGUGACUGCCGUUCCGUGCUGUAUGCAACAAAAGCAAGCGGAUGGAAUAAAUCGAAAUAGCCUUGAAAUUCAGGUUUCCAUAACUCACCUUAGAUACGGCGCUGUCUCUCGGAGAAAACGGGAUUGUGUUUCGGGAAGAGACAGGCUCUGACACAUGAAAGGAAUACGCGUCCAGAUUCAUAGUUGUAGUUGAAGUCUGCUUAUCUUUUACACGCAGUCUGAUCUGCACAAGGCAGCAUUUCAGAUCAGAUUUCAGAUUCACUUCAGACCAGCUGGAAGAGCAGAGAGAGCGAGAAAGAGGGCUUCCCCUCUGACUCUGUGUCUUGGAGAACUCCGGAGCGCAAGAGUGCGAACCAGAACGUGGAACCCCCGAACCCGGGUGGGAAGGAAUUUGGUCAAGGAUUCUCUUUUGCGAAAUUGACGCGAAGGUGAGAGCUUAUAAAUAGAUCGGAAGAAAUGGACGAGCAGCCGCGGUUGAUGCACUCUCAUGCGGGAGUAGGGAUGGCAGGGCACCCCGGCCUGUCGCAACACAUGGAAGGCACGGGAGGAACGGAAGGCGAUGGGAGAAAACAGGACAUUGGAGACAUUUUACAGCAAAUAAUGACCAUCACAGAUCAGAGUCUGGACGAAGCUCAAGCCAGGAAACACGCCCUGAAUUGCCACAGGAUGAAGCCUGCUCUCUUCAACGUCUUGUGUGAAAUCAAAGAGAAAACAGUGCUGAGUAUCCGUGGCGCCCAGGAGGAGGAGCCUCCAGAUGCCCAGCUCAUGCGAUUGGACAACAUGUUGCUGGCGGAGGGCGUGUCUGGACCGGAGAAGGGGGGCGGUUCUGCAGCGGCUGCGGCUGCAGCUGCAGCCUCAGGAGGCGGGGCAGGAGCGGAUAACUCAGCGGAACACUCAGACUACAGAGCCAAGCUCUCUCAGAUCAGACAGAUCUACCACACAGAACUGGAGAAAUACGAGCAGAUGGUAUCCCAUGGCGGAUGGAGGGGGGAGAGUUACACAGGGAGUCAUGGCAACGGAAACAAGGCUUGUAACGAGUUCACAACCCAUGUGAUGAACCUGCUGAGGGAGCAGAGUCGCACUCGGCCCAUCUCUCCCAAGGAGAUCGAGCGCAUGGUGGGGAUCAUCCACCGCAAGUUCAGCUCCAUCCAGAUGCAGCUCAAACAGAGCACCUGCGAAGCCGUCAUGAUCCUGCGCUCACGCUUCCUCGAUGCCAGACGGAAAAGACGGAACUUCAACAAGCAGGCGACAGAGAUCCUGAAUGAGUACUUCUACUCCCACCUGUCUAACCCCUACCCUAGUGAGGAGGCCAAGGAAGAGCUGGCCAAGAAGUGCUCCAUCACAGUUUCACAGGUUUCCAACUGGUUUGGAAACAAAAGAAUCAGAUACAAGAAAAACAUUGGAAAGUUCCAGGAAGAAGCCAAUAUGUAUGCUGCCAAAACUGCAGUCAACGCGACCAACGUAUCCUCACAUGGAAGCCAGGCUAAUUCACCCUCCACCCCAAAUUCUGCAGGUUCUGCUGGCUCUUUUAACAUGUCAAACUCCGGCGACUUGUUCAUGAGCGUGCAGUCUCUCAAUGGGGACUCGUACCAAGGUGCUCAGGUUGGAGCCAACGUGCAGUCACAGGUGGAUACCCUUCGCCAUGUUAUCAGUCAGACAGGCGGAUACAGUGAGGGCCUCACAGCCAGCCAGAUGUACAGUCAACAGAGCAUCAAUGCAAACGGAGGCUGGCAGGAUGCAACCACCCCCUCAUCAGUGACAUCACCCACAGAAGGACCUGGAAGUGUUCACUCUGACACGUCCAACUGAUCCCUCCACUCUCCACCACCAUCCGGACACCCCCGACCUCCACCCUCGAUCAGCCAGCCCCCAGUCAGCACCCCUUCAGAACUGGAGGUAUCACUAGACUGGUCACAGAGCAAGAGACCUCUCUCUACAGGUGGGGACUACAGGAUGAAACGCCAUCAUCACCACCACAGACAGUUCUUCAUGUCUUAUGUCCCGUCUCUACAACCAACUAUGACCCAGUCAGUCAGUAGCCUGAGUAGGGCUCUGUUCUCCCAUUCACUGUCUGUCUGUACAGUUUUCUUCACCAGAUAUCCAUGUUGCCUCUGUGUGAUCUGACUUAUAACACAGUAUUGCCCGUAUCUUGUAGAUGGAAAUGCUUUUCUCACUACCUCUAUUGAAAAUAACAACAACAUCUAAAAAAGCAUCGUUUUUUUUCUUCUUUGUAAUAACUGACAUUGACAGUAGCUCCCAAUCUCCCUUGUCCUGUCUCAAGGCUUGUUUUGAGGACAGUUUUGCCUUUGUGACAAGUUUUACCCAAUAUAAAUACUUAAUUCCCAACAUUUGUUUUGUCCAUAGUGCCAAAGUUCAACACAGGAGGGGAGGGGAAUUUUUAUAAUAUGAUAUUGUGCUUGUGGAAAAAUGCAUAUCCAUCUGACUAUUCACAUACCGUAGCGUAAUAACAUUUCUUGUUAGUAGCUAACAAUGGGAUGAUUUGAAAGGAGAACCUUGAGAUUCAAAUGUUCCUCCUCAUUUUAGACAUUCUGUUUCAGAGCUUCUACAAUGGUCAAAAUAAAACAUGACACAUUUUUACUGCAACAAUGGCGUGUGUUCUGUUCAUACUGAAUGAGUGGUCAACAAUGCAUAAGCAAAACACAAAAGAGUAACGGUAUACUCCAGAAUUGAUGGAAGGGAUGGUUUGGAAGGUUAUAAAGAAGUGGAUCAUGGUGAUUCUAGCUUCAUGGUUAUUCCAGCUUCAUGGUGAUUCCAGAUACAUUUUUUAAACUGAUACUCAGUCCACACUACAAACAGAGCAAGAAGCUUAUAGCUUCAUGGUGAUUCUAGCUUCAUGGUGAUUCUAGCUUCAUGGUGAUUCUAGCUUCAUGGUGAUUCUAACUUCAUGGUGAUUCUAACUUCAUGGUGAUUCUAACUUCAUGGUGAUUCUAACUUCAUGGUGAUUCUAACUUCAUGGUGAUUCUAUCUACUGGAAUUCUAAUGCAUUUCCUGCACUUGACAUAUUGUUUGUAGUGUGGACUGAGUAUCAGUUUAAAAAAUGUAUCCGGAACACUUAAUCAGUAAGUACAUUAGCAUCAAUUAAAAUAAGCCAAUAUAAUGUCUUUAAGCACAGUCACUUCCAGUGAUUACCCUAUGAAGGGUAACAUAUGUAUUUGUCAAAGAGAAGAACACAGUACAGAGAACACACAUUAAUAAUAUGCUUGUAUCAUUUUCAUAUUUUGAACAUAUGGUGUGUGUACACACACACACACACACACACACACACACACACACACACACACACACACACACACACACACACACACACACACACACACACACACACACACACACACACACACACACACACACACACAUACACACAUACACACACUACCAUUAUCACUGUACAUCAGUGUUGUCAAAAUAGCCAAAUACUGCUGGUAACCAAAACCACUUGUGUAAGUGCAAAAAAGGCAUUUUAAUGUAAAUGUUCAUUCUGAUGUUGUGUAACCAGGUGGUAGUCAUGGAAUACACCUCAUCAUUUCAUGUUAUUGGUGCUAAUUUGAUUCAUUUUUUGUAAUAGUUUAUUUCUGACCAUUUAUUAUUGUCACUGAGUUUGAACAUCCGUCAUAUCAUUCUGUUUUUGCAUUUUGGUUAUCAAGGUUGGUCUCUACUCACUCUUAUCUUACAGCUUUCUCCUAGCAUUUGACUUGAGACUAAAUUACACAAAAAAAAUCCAAAAUGUGAUAUUAGAUUGAUUCAUUUUGUUGUAGCUACAGUAUUUGCUUACACACAAUUACACAUUGCCUUCUUGUGCAAUUCAACAUAUCCACCCUACCAUUCCCUUGAUACCAAAACAAUAACUGCAGAAGCUUCAUCUCUAUAGAUUAGAUUCAGCUUAACCAAUUUAGCUUUGUUUGUUUUGUAUAAUGGUGUAUUAUCUGAAGUAUUCAUCUCAUAGAAAUGUUCAGGUACUCUCUCUGUACUCCAAAACCCCAAAUCCACUAGUGUUUGUUUAGAUAUAGAUAUGAUAUUGUUUGUUUAGAUAUAGAUAUGGCAUGGAAAAGACUAACCCUGAUAGCACACAGACAGAUACAGAAGAUGAUGGGAUAUAUUUUUAUGUCCUCCUGUUGUGAAUAACUUGCAUCAUCAUUUUUAUCUUUAUCGUUUUGCUUUUAUUUUGCGUGGUUACAGGAUUUACAGUACGUUACGUUUUAUUUUCUUGCUAGCAUAAUGUGAAUUUGCUAAAGAUUGCUCUAUAGAGUAUAAGUAGAUGUGGACAGUAUCCAUUUUAAAACAAAGCAGCUACAGGAGGCCGUCAUUGUAAAUAAGAAUUUGUUCUUUACUGACUUGCCUAGUUAAAUAAAGGUUCAAUGAAAUGAAAAAGUCAUGUUUGACAGACACAGACAGAUUGUAGGAAAGAGUUCUUCUCACAUUACAGAUAUAAUCCACACACAGUUCAUUUUGUACUUUCAGUCUAAAGCAUUGACACACAAGCUUGCUUUUAAGAUACACACACAAGCUUGCUUCUAAAAUGUUUACUGUCUGUUAAUUAAGGGUGAUGUGAAAGGUUAGUGUCCAACCAAAUCCGUAUACCAUGGUAACAGAUAUACAUUAUACAGUGUAACGACAAUACCACACAGCCCCCAUAGUCCUUCUUUCAGAAACAGUACAUUUUAUAUUUGAUAUCAUUUUUGAAGACGUGGAUGUGUACUAUGAUGAGUGAAGCAGAAUAUUUUUUCAGUUGACAGACAACAUGUGUACCCUAUGAGUGGACUAUGUUGGAGUGGUGUUCCCUGGCCUUUCCAUCCAGAUGUUGGUUUUUUGUUGUUGAUCAUUUUAGCCAUGUGGCCAGCAGAACAAUAGCUUUUGUGAUGCAGUGCCCCUAAAAAAACGUUACUCUACUUUUCACAUUGCCUGUCCAAUAUCACCGUAUUAUUGAAAGCGUCAUGUAAUGAUGCUUUAAGUUUUUGAAUACAAAAGGAAAAAAUUACUAUAAAAAGAAAUAAGAAACUAUAAAAUUUGUCAACAUAAAAUGUUUUCUUUGUUGCAUGUAUUUUGUUCUUUAAUAAAAUACCGUACUGCAGUGUUUUUGAAUGUUACUUAUUUUUUUAUAAAGAUUUCAGAGUGAAAUUGUGGAGCCUUUUACUUGACAGGUUUGAACUUUUAAGAUCUCUACAAAAUGUAAAGAAGGUAUAAAAAUGGAAACCGCAAAACUAUUGUCUUUUUAAUUCCUAUUUAAACACGUUUUUCUGUGGAGAAAAAAAUAGCUAACAAGGUGUAGUUUUUAUGGUCUCUUUCUUUGUACUAGUAAUGCAUAUUCCAAAUAAAUUGUUUCUUUUGCUGCA